AUGUCAAAAAUCUUGUCAAGAGAGUGGGUUGUUUCACACAGAAACGAUUGGCUUCUGAUUCUGGUGGCACAUUUGUUCCAGAGAAAUGUGAAUUCGGGACAUAUGCCAGCUAAAGCUGUGGACCCAGAAGCAUUCAUGAAUGUUAGUGAAAUCAUCCAACAUAAAGGUUAUCCCUGUGAGGAGUAUGAAGUUGCAACAGAAGAUGGGUAUAUCCUUUCUGUUAACAGGAUUCCUCAGGGCCUAGUGCCACUUAAGAAGACAGGUCCCAGGCCUGUGGUGUUACUGCAGCAUGGCCUGCUUGGAGAUGCUAGCAGCUGGAUUUCCAACCUGCCCAACAACAGCCUGGGCUUCAUUCUGGCAGAUUCGGGUUUUGAUGUGUGGAUGGGGAACAGCAGGGGAAACACCUGGUCUCGGAAACACAAGACCCUCUCCAUAGACCAAGAUGAGUUCUGGGCUUUCAGUUAUGAUGAGAUGGCUAGGUUUGACCUUCCUGCAGUCAUAGACUUUAUUUUGCAGAAAACGGGCCAGGAAAAUAUCUAUUAUGUCGGCUAUUCACAGGGUACCACCAUGGGCUUUAUUGCGUUUUCCACCAUGCCAGAGCUGGCUCAGAAAAUAAGAAUGUAUUUUGCUUUAGCACCCAUAGCUACUGUUAAACAUGCAAAAAGCCCUGGGGCCAAAUUUUUGUUGCUGCCAGAUGUGAUGAUCAAGGGAUUGUUUGGUAAAAAAGAAUUUCUCUACCAGACCAGAUUUCUCAGACUGUUUGUUAUUUACCUUUGCGGCCAGGUGAUUAUUGAUCAGAUCUGUAGCAACAUCAUGUUACUCCUGGGAGGAUUUAACACGAACAACAUGAACAUGAGCCAAGCAAAUGUAUAUGUCGCUCACACACCUGCUGGAACAUCUGUGCAAAAUAUCCUGCACUGGAGCCAGGCAGUGAAUUCUGGGGAACUUCAGGCAUUUGACUGGGGCAGUGAGACCAAGAAUCUGGAAAAAGGAAAUCAGACAGCUCCUGCAAGGUACAAAGUUAGAGACAUGACGGUCCCUACAGCAAUGUGGACUGGGGGUCAGGACUGGCUUUCAAAUCCAGAAGACGUGAGAAUACUGCUCUCCGAGGCGACCAACAUCAUCUACCAUAAGAACAUUCCUGAAUGGGCUCACGUGGAUUUCAUCUGGGGUCUGGAUGCUCCUCACCGUAUGUACAAUGAAAUAAUACAUCUGAUGAAGCAGGAAGAGACAAGUAUUUCCUAGGGAACUGUCAGUGUCAGCUUGUGAAGCAUCUGAUAAUGACAAGUCUUAGGAAAAACCUCAUGAAAGAUGGGGCCGGCGUACAUGAACGGAGGACUUUAAAGAUUUCCAGCAUUGGAAACCUACCAUAUUAGUAGAAGGGAAGGCAGAAAUACAGUAUACAUUCCUUUAGAUUUUCUACAUUUGGCACUAAAACUGGCAUUUAAUUUUUUCAAUUAAUUAAAUUACUCAUUGGGUGAACACACUUUUCAUGUGCUAUUAUGUGUUCUGCCGUCUUGAAGGGUAGGUUUUACCUGACAGCUAGAAAUUAUCUAGACAUUCUUUAUGUCAUUCAGGUAAAUUUCCUUAAAACAUUUAUUUUUUUGUCUAUGAGCCACAUUUUUGGAACAAUAAAAUAAAAUGACAAAUUGGGGUCACAGA